CCAUUUUCAUCAUUUUCAGAAACGAUAUCUCGAUGGAAUCCAUAUUUCUGAAACUUGUCUUCCCACCACCACCUUCGAUCUUCCUCAAUACAUUGUCGCUGAUUAGCAUACCCUCCUUCGCCCUCGGCGGGCUUUCCGAAUUCAGAGGAAACAAUAUGCCGUAUUCCAAAUUCUUCACCAACAACACCAAUAAUAAUAAUAAUAAUAAUCAUGUCACUGCUACUAAUCUUCAGAAACAGUCUUCUUCCCAAGAGAAAAAAACCAAAGAGGUGUCCAGUAGAUUAGGCAUGCUUAUAUGUUACACCCCUGCUUUUCUAGCCAGCUUGGCUUUUUACCUUCUUUUUCCCCAAGAGAGUUACAACUUGAGAAUGCUCUUGCUCAGUUCUGCUCUGGCUCUUCAUUUCUUCAAGAGGAUUUUUGAGGUGUUAUGUGUUCACAAGUACAGUGGCAGCAUGGCUCUUAAAACUGCAAUGACCAUCGGUAUAAGUUACUUAUCAUCCACAGCAAGUAUGAUUUAUGCUCAACACCUCUCACAAGGGCUUGCAGAGCCACCCAUUGAUCUGAAAUACAUUGGGUCAUUGUUGUUCCUAAUAGGGUUAAGUGGGAAUUUCUACCACCAUUAUCUUCUUUCCAAACUAAGAGAAAAGGGUGAGAAAAAGUAUAAGAUUCCAAAAGGUGGGCUUUUUGGCUUAGUCAUAUGUCCACAUUACAUGUUUGAGAUCAUAGAAUUUUUGGGCUUCUUUUUUAUUUCUCAAACAUUGCAUUCAUUUUCUAUAGCCAUAGGCACAAUGUUUUACUUGGUGGGGAGGAGUGUUGCUACUAGGCGAUGGUACUUAACUAAGUUUGAGAGUUUUCCUCAACAUGUCAAGGCUCUUAUUCCAUAUGUAUUUUAGAUAUAGAAAAUAUAUAUUCAAAUAAUGCAAUAUGAAGUAAUAAAUUACCCUAUCAUAUAAA